CCUGGCGCGAGGUCGCUGUCGUGUGUCGCGACAGGCAGGGGCCGGGCCGGCAAGGGCGCGCUGCGGAGCGGGGCCGGGCCGGCGGUGGGAAGGGGCGGGCCCGGGGCCGGUAAGGAGAGGGGAGCGCGGCCGGGAGGCACCGGGACGGGGCCGGAGCGGUGUUCAGUAUGGCGUCUCCAAGUCUGCUUAUGCGUGUGGUUGCCUCUGCAUAUUCCGUUGCGGAAAAAGCUGCAACAAUUGUUAGAAAUGUAAUGGCUGCAGGAGACCUGGGGAUAGUGGAGAAGAGUGGAGCCAAUGACUUGCAGACCAAGGCUGACCGACUGGUACAAAAGAGCAUUUGUACUUCACUGGCACGGAAGUUUCCCAAGGUGACGAUCAUAGGAGAAGAAGAACUACCCCCUGAUGAGGUGGAUGAGGAAUUAAUUGAAGAUGGACACUGUGAAGAAAUACUGAAGAAAACUUGUCCUGCUCAGUACACAGGAAUUAAAGAGGAAGAGCUUGUAAUAUGGGUUGAUCCUUUGGAUGGAACCAAAGAGUACACUGAAGGUCUCCUUGACCAUGUAACAGUUCUCAUUGGAAUUGCUUACGGAGGCAAAGCAAUAGCAGGAGUUAUUAACCAGCCAUAUUACAACUAUGAGGCAGGAGCUAAUGCUGCACUGGGCAGGACGAUUUGGGGAGUCCUGGGCCUAGGUGCCUUUGGAUUUCAGCUCACAGAAGCACCUGCCGGCAAACACAUCAUUGUUACCACCCGUUCUCACAGCAGUGCCCUGGUAAAUGACUGCAUCAGUGCUAUGAACCCAGACAGCGUCAUCAGAGUUGGAGGAGCAGGAAAUAAGAUCAUUCAGCUUAUAGAAGGCAAGGCGUCUGCUUAUGUAUAUGCCAGUCCUGGAUGCAAGAAGUGGGAUACAUGUGCACCUGAAGCUAUUUUACAUGCUGUCGGAGGCAAGAUAACUGAUAUCCAUGGAAACUCAUUUCAGUAUAACAAGGAAGUGAAACACAUGAAUUCAGCUGGGGUCCUUGCCACCUUGAGAAAUUAUGACUAUUAUGCCAGUCGUAUUCCUAACACCGUUAAACAAUCUCUUGUGCCUUAAAGCAGUAAAGCAUCUUCACUCAGCCUGGAAAGCCAAGAAAGUAAGAUUGGAGGAAAAGAAAGAAGAAGAUAACUGAGCUUGAAAUUGUUUUACAAAAUCUGAACCUAAUUCUUACAUUAAACUGUUCAAUAAUUUCAAAAUGACCUGCAGACUGUCUACGUAAAAUGUUGGAUCAGAUUGUUUUGCUGUGUUUAGCAGAUAACACAAUAAUGACAUUUCUUCAAUAGUUGUUUUCCCUGCUCUUUGGAAGUAGAGUGUUCAUUCUUCAUGUGAUAUGACUCUGGUUAACUACUGCUAAUUGUGACAGUGCAAUCCAAAAAUCACCUUCAAAUUCAGGGCACAAAAUCGUGUUAAGUCAUUUACCAAAUUUUGUUGAAUGUUUUUUGUUGUAUGUACUCAACAAGAGUUUGUGUUAAAUGCAAAUGGAGUAAGAAUUUGUCUGGAUGGAUUAACCCAUUUAUUAUAAAGUUGAUUGUUUUGAUUCUUAGAA